CCACUCAUUGUGUGAGGGCAUAUAAAUGUCAGCCUGAGUAUGUCUCGGUGAUAUGCACUGAAAGCAUCAUAAAUAAGGAACUCUGGGAGAAGCCUGCCUUCCUUUUUGUAAGCAUGCUAUUCCGCCACAAGAUUUCACUUCUCCUUGCCCUUCUCACCCCUCUUGUAUUGGCCACCAGACAUCAGGAGCCACACAGUGACUGCCAAGAAUUUCCUCCAGACAUGCCAUUGUAUACCAUAGAAGGAGAAGCUGUGGUGCUCAAGUGUCCAUUUGUAGAGUUCUUCAAAACCCACCUGCCAGUGUCUAGCUUCAGCAUUGAAUGGCUCGAUAAUAAUGAGCAAGUCAUACCUCACGACGGAGAGCGGAUCCACAGCCAGGGUGACUUGCUUUGGUUCUCAUCGACUCUUCCUACUGACUCUGGAAACUAUAUUUGCAGGCAGAGGAACACUUCUUACUGCAUCACUAGCACACUUUCAAUAACAGUGUAUGAAGAGAAAGGCUACAGUCUUGACGACAUUGCUUAUGUUAACAACGCUAUAGCUUCCAGCACAGGGAAGAUAAAUUGUCCAAAUUUAGAGGAGUACAAGAAAAGAGCUGGGAGAUUGGAUCUUAAAUGGUACAAGGACUCCAAUCCUUUGUCUAAUGCAGAAGGAAAGCACCUAUACAGGAGUGGAGAGCACUUUCUACUCAUUAAAAAUGUAGACCCCCAAGACCAAGGCUACUACACCUGCAAGCUCACCUUUUAUGUAAACAGCACCCAGUACAAAGUGACAAGGACUAUUAGCCUGCAGAUUUUAGCUCCUCUGAUUAAACCCAGUAUAGUCUAUCCACUGAAUAACACAAUCAAGGUCAGCCUAGGAACCAAAGUAACAAUUCCAUGCAGGGUGUUCUUUGGAUCACAAAGGCUGCAAUAUCCACGGAUUGAAUGGUUUGCCAAUAAUUCCUACCCCAAUUCUGUUGGCAAGAGAAUGAUGGAAGGAAAAAACAUCCUAGUUGAAAAUGCGCAAGGAAAAUAUCUUGAAGUACCAUUGAUCAUUGACGGUGUUCAUCAGGACGAUGCCAGAACUGAAUUUAAGUGCAUUGCACAGAAUGGCAUUGGAUCUCACACUUCAGGUUUUCGGAUUCAGCUUGCAGAUGAUUCAUCUCGACCAGUAAUAAUCCAUCCACUAAAUGGCACCAUUAAAGUGCUGCAAGGUUCCAGUCUGAUUAUUCCUUGUAAAGUUUCCACUCAACCUCAGACAACAUCAGCAACAAAAGUCGCAUGGUCUGCCAACGGCGUAAUUAUUGAAGACUCUUAUGAUGACAAGCGGAUCUUUCAAGGACCACAAUUCAUAUCAUCAAACAAUGGAGACAGCUAUGUGGAAAUUGACCUCAUUUUUGAUGAAGUGCGAGAGGAAGAUACCAACACUGAGUUUAAAUGUAUUGCAGUGAAUUUUGCAGGCUCUGACGAAACUGUUGUUCACAUCAAAUUGGAAGAUGUCACCCUAACAUGGCUUUUUGUUGGAUCCAUUGGGGCAUUUUGUUUUCUCACUGUGGUGUGCAUAUUUUUGUGGAAUAUUCUUAAGCCCACCACUAAAAAAGAAUACACCUUAACACAAUCCUAAAGAUCUUUUUAUAAGCUGUUACCUUAGCAUAGCACAAGAUGAUAACUUUAUUCUGACUGGUGACAUCAGAACUCUGAUCUGCAUUACCUUUUGAGAUGAUCUGCAUCCCUUUCAUCUAUAGCAUUGGCAGGUUUUUACUUUUUAAAACAGUGCUAACAUAGACAGGUCUGUAAACACCCAAAGGUCACAAGAAAAGUGCCUUCACGCAAUUGUCCUGACUGCAAUUCUUUUUCAUGAAUCAACUAUGAUGUAAAGGUUAAUGGUUUCUUCAUUAUUACAGUGUACUAGUUUGUCCCAUUUUAGGAGGAGAGAAUGCACCUCUCAGCUAAGGAAAAUGCUGCUUCCAAUACAACAGGAAUAUUCAGCAUUGCUGUUUAAGUAUGGAGAAAUAAAAUGAAGAAGGCACAACUGAAACAUCAAAUGUUAUGAAGAAAGCAUAUCCACUAGCCCAUCUCUGUUCAGAUACUGUGAUCACAGUCUUGAGAGGAAUUGUUGAAGACUACUAAGUCUCAUUCCACACCUCCUGUGUCUCAUGGCUGUCUGCCACAGGAAACCCUUGAAUAAUACAAAAUCUGGGCAUGUGAAAUAUACCAAAUAAACUAUUCAUUCGCUUCAUUUAUUGGCGGACCUACAUUUUUGGGGCCCUGAAGCCUGAACUGUUA